CGGGGCGGGGCCUCGCGGCCGCGACCCGUCGCCUGGACGACCGCCCCAAGAUGGCGACGCUGCAGGGCGGGCUGCUGGGGCCGGACCCCGGCGCGCUGAGCCCCGCGCAGCUGGAGCAGCUGCGAAACUUCAAGAUCCAGACCCGGAUCGCCAACGAAAGGUACCUGAGGACUCACAAAGAGGUGGAGCUGCUCCUCAGUGGCUUCUUCAGAGAAAUGUUUCUGAAAAGACCAGACAACAUCCUAGAGUUUGCGGCAGACUAUUUCACGGAUCCAAGACUUCCCAACAAGAUUCACAUGCAGCUAAUUGAAGACAAGAAAGCGGCUUAAUUAGCAAAAUCACACGAUGCUCAGCUGUUGGGAGACACCAGAUGGAGUCAGCCUUGGGGUUACACGGGCCUCGGAACGUCCAUCACACUGGCUAGGAAUGUCCGAUUGGCUCUACUGUCAUUCCCACCCGUCCCCCCCCCUACUCCCCUGGUCUAAUCCAUAGUCCUCCAUUCUCCCCUAGCCCCACCCACAAGGCCAACACAGUUUUUAAGCAAGAUAAUUCCUGA